GAGCCGGGUCACACUCAAAAGAGGAGGCGAGUGGGGCGAUCCGGCUCACACGUCCACUUGUGCUCGUAGCGCUCGCAUCACCACGUUAUUUGCUUCUUCAUUUUUGUCAUCGUUUGAUUUUGAAUUGUUUGUCAAAGCAAAUUCGACUCGCUCAGACUGUACGUUUUAGUAUUUUCUCGUCAAACAUCUUUGACUUGUAUACCAGUGCUUCAUCGACCAAAAUAAGAAAAGAUUGAUGACUUAAAAAAAAAUUUUCGAAUUGUUUUUAGACCAAUUGAUUUCGGUUGUUGUUGUUGUUGCAAGAGUGAAUGGUUCAACUGCUCGACACGAAGGUGGAAGGCUUCAACAGUUCGGGUCAAUCAACGCGAGUUGAGAGUUGGCCAUCAUCAGCAAUCAACAGAAUCGGAUCGUUAUCGGUUCCGGUUUCUUCGCCCGACUCGGUUCCGGCGUCCGCCUCCGCCAACAGCAUCCAUCCCGUGAGCCGGCCGAAUAGAAUGCUAGUGACAGACAGUGCGCUGAUCGCAGCAUCCACCACUCCGGCAGCUUCAGCCUCCGCCGUGUGGAAAAUGACGGAUCUUCCCGCUUCGACCGGCAGUUCUUCCCUUCCGCUCCCGGCUCAUCCGCAUCACCAUCCGCACCACCUCCAUCCAGUCGGCGCAUCGGCUCCGAUGGUCAAUUUACGCGACUUGUAUGCCUCGGCGCCUCCUGGUUUGACAACCGGAUUGACGGCGUCGACGGCGGCCGCCCACCACCAGAGGCUCCUCGACUUGUCGCGCUACUCGUCCGGCCUCAUCCGACCGGCUUACGAUCUGGCCGGACAUCACCAGCAGUUUCUGGCGGCCGCAGCCGCCGCCGCCGCCCACCACCACCAGGCCCAGCACCACCACCACCACACCCAGCAGCAGCAGCAUCAUCAUCUUCCGGCGGCGGCCAUCGGCAGCGCCGCAGCCGGCGGUCUCUCCUCUUCCGCCGUCUCCAAACUGUUGGCCGCAGCGUCGGCUUCGUCCGGGCCGGCAGGUCACGGCGGCGUCAUGGGCGCCCGCCCGUCGGGCAUCAUCGGAGGAUCCAAGCCCAAAGUGGCAACCCCCACCGUCGUCUCCAAGAUCGAGCAGUACAAACGCGAGAACCCGACCAUCUUCGCCUGGGAAAUCCGCGAGCGGCUCAUUUCUGAAGGUGUGUGCACUAACGGGACUGCGCCUAGCGUUUCGAGUAUUAAUCGCAUCUUGCGGAAUCGGGCGGCCGAACGGGCAGCGGCCGAAUUUGCCCGAGCCGCCGGUUACGGCCUCUAUUCGGCUGUUUCGGCCGCAGCUGCCGGUGCUGGCGGAGUGCCGGGACCGCCGUAUCCUUUUCCCUGGGCCACUCCGCUCCAUCAUCACCACUGGGGACCGUCGAGUGCUGGAUUGACUCCGCCGUCAGUUUCCCAUUCGCUUCCGCCGGCGCUCACGACGCCACCGGCAGCUGCCAGCAGCCCUCACCGACCUCAGCAUCCGCACGGCAGCAGCAGUGAGAGCAUCAGUCCGCAAGCUUCGCCCAUCCAUCCUCAUCAUCACCAUCAGCAUCACCAUCACCAACAUCACCAGGGGCUCGGUUCCCUUCCGGCCGGAUUUGCCGCUUUCGCCGCAGCCGCCGCCGCCGCUGCCGCCGCCGCCAGAGAAUCCGGCGCCACUCCGCAAGGAUCGGCGGCCGAUUCCGUCCAGGGAUCCGUUUCGCCGACGGGAUCUCAUCGAGCCCGUCGAUCAUCUCACGAUUCGGCCUAUGGUGGUAAUCGCCGCAGUCGCAGUCGCAGCCCCAGCGAAAGCCGCAGCCGCAGUUUCAGUCGCAGCCGUAGUCGCAGUCCUCUGCGUCAACACUCGGCCGAUGCUGGUGCGGAAGAUUCUUCGGUGCGGGCGGACAGCGUGACGCCACCUCCGUCGUCCGCUCACCUUCCCGGCCGCGGCUCCUCUUUCUCCGCUUCUCAUCACCCGUCGCAAUCUCAGCUGUUGCAACAGCAGCAACAGCAACACGCGGACGCUGCGGCUAGCCACCACCAGCAGCAGCAGCAGGGGAAAUUCCGCCGGAAUCGCACGACUUUCAGCACCGGCCAGCUGCGAGAACUCGAACGCGAAUUCGAGAAAACUCACUACCCAUGCGUGGCGACGCGCGAACGUCUGGCCAGUCAGACGCAACUAUCCGAAGCUCGAGUCCAGGUUUGGUUUUCUAACAGACGAGCCAAAUGGAGACGCCACCAGCGGAUGAACCUGCUCCAGCCAUCGCAGCAUCCGCCAGGGUCGUCGUCGGCGGGGCCGCUGGAGUCGGGCCAACCGGGCCAAACAGCCAACAACAGCCAGCAGCAUCCGCCUCAUCAACCGGAGGAGGAGGAGGAGGACAGGUUGCCGGUGAGAGUAACGAGCAGGAGCCGCCAGCAUCCGCCCAGCAUCCACCGCCACCACCACCACCAACCAGUAGCGCAGCACCAACUCUUUGGCAUCCGUGGGCAGCGGCGGCCUACGCCCGUCUCCAUCCGAGCUGGAUCGCCAACCAGCACCAGCAGGCGCAGCAGUUGUUCGCCGCUGCAGCGGCCGCAGCCGCCGCCGCCGGACGAGACAUCCGCCGACUCCACAACAAAUGAUUUGAUCCGUUUUCAUGAUGGCGACUAUUACUCGACGACGGGCGACGACGAUCAUAGCGACGACGACGGCAAUUGCAGCGACAGUGAGCAAGAGAGUGACAUUAGCGUCGUCAGUCAUCAGCACCGCCUAGGAGGAGGAGAAGAAGAAGGGCAACAAGAGGAGGCCCUCGAUCUGAAAAAGACCAGGAGCACCAUUUCGCCGUCAAGAGAAGGAGCAACAACAACAGUAUCCGGCCGAUGAUUAAUGCUGACGUGUGUGUGUGUCGGGCCCAAAAGCUCAGCUGUUUUUGAUGACGGCUCUUGUGCUCCCUUUGGCUGCUGGUCGUCAUCGGCCCCGGUCCGUCCGUCGGUCUCCCCCCCUUCUCAGCUCACUUUUUAAAAUUUUUAUUUGGGAAAAGAUAAAUCCAGUAGCACAAAACUGAUGGGAAGGAAUCCGUCAGCUUGAGCUUCUCUCCUCAUGACAGCGCAGAAUGUCCGACAUGACUUUCUGGCCUCGGAGAGUUUCCAACCGACCGACCGACCCGACGACGAGCGCCUUAUAAACUUCUCCUUUCAAACAAAAAAAAUAAUCAUAAAAAUAAUAAAAAUAGAAUGUCGUUGAUUUUUCUUUUCUUUCUAUUUUCUUCUUUUUCUUUUUUUUUUGAAUUUCCCGCCCAUAAUUGGGCAUGUCAAAGUCGCAGCGCGCGUCCACCUUUAUAUAGUAAAUGUUGUUUGAUUCUUCUUCUCUUUUUCGUACUAUUUUUUAUUUCAUGGUCUGUAUAUUUAUAAUAUCCAUAGGUGUGCACUGUGCAGUGUGGGUUUAAUCUCCUGUUUGUUUGCGCACGCCCACACAUUUUUCUGGGGAGGCAGCGUCGGCUUAAACGGCGAGCUUCCUUCUUAUUUUUCUAAAUCUCUCACGAUUUCUUUUAUUUCUUGUUUAGUUAUCAUUAUGUAUGCCUUUUUUUUGUUGUAUGAUUUUUUUUUUGUCCGUUCUCCUUUUUGGCCAUAUGUUUAACAGACAAUGAAUCAUAAUGCAAGCCGAGCCAUGCGGCAGCCAAUUCGGCGAAAUAUUCGCCAUGAAUGAUCGACUUAUUAUUAUGACUACCAAAACACACACACUCGCACAGCAGUUGUAUCCGCAUUCGUUCGUGUCUCCAGUCAUUUUGUGUUUUCCAUCCACCCCACUUUUUUUUAUCUCAACCGCCUUCUCCCUCCUUUCACCUCCUCAUUCUUUCAAUGAAGUUAAAUACAGGAUUUAGACGAUGAAAA